AUGAAACUUCAAGAAAUGACGAAAAAAUACGAAAAUGUUUGCAAUGAUUACCAACAGAUGAAAAGAAAACAGGAAAAUUUGGAAAAAUUGUAUCUGCAAGGUGAAAAUGUCAGGAAAAGGAUGAAACUAGAUCACAAGAAGGCAAUGAGAAAAUUGAAAACCAGAAUUGAAAUCCUUGAAACGGAAUCACUAAGUUCGAAGGUAACUGCCGUUACUUCUAAACUUUUUAAUACGGAUCAAAUAAAGUUUGUAAUGUGUGGAAAGAGUCGAGUGCGUGAAUGGUCGGCUAAAACUUUAACUGAUGCUUGUGCUCUAAAAUUUGCAUGUGGGAAUUCAGGCUAUGCUUAUUUACUUAGGAAAGGAUGGCCUUUACCAUCCUGUAGAACUAUAAGAAGAUCACUAGAAGGGUGGAAAUUUGAAAGUGGAAUUUCAGACGAGGUUUUUCAGUUUUUAAAAAUUAAGGCAGAUCAAUUUGAAUGCAAUUCGCACAGAGAUUGCGUUAUAGUUCUCGAUGAAAUGAGCAUAGCUUUGGACCAAAAGUACGAUUUAUCCACGGGCGAAAACAUCGGAAAUAUCACGUUGCCAAAUCAUUCGGGUCUUGCUACACAUGCGUUAGUUUUUAUGCUUGCCGGUAUUGCUCAUCGCUGGAAGCAAGUUGUUGGAUAUUAUUAUACGGGAAAUAUCGUGGAUGGCUCUACCUUCGCGCCGAUUAUUCUAAAAAUUAUCGAAAGAGCCGAAAAAAUCGGUCUACGUGUGCAUAGUGUAAUCUCGGACAUGGGUUCGGCAAAUCGGGCGAUGUGGAAAGUGUUCGGCAUUAACGCUAGUCGGUAUUCGAAAAUAAAUAACUCUUCCGAACAUCCGUGCGGUUGUAAGAGACGAUUGUUCUUCUUCCACGAUCCUCCUCAUGCUCUGAAAAAUUUCAAACAAGGCCUCUUUAACAAUAACUUUAUCACGAUUUCAAAAUCAUUUAUUGAGAAAUACAAUUUGGAAUCGGAUAAAGUUAGUGUACAGCAUUUUUUAGAAUUAAUAUCACAGCAAGAGACCCUUUUUUUUCAAACCAGCACCAAAGCUGAAACGUGA